GCCAUUUUCACUCUGCUUCUUCGCUCUUCCAACUUUCGGUUGCACCCCUAAACCCCCGAAUCUUAAUCGAAGAGGUUAAAGUGACGGCGCCGCGGCUGUCCGCCUUGACCUAGCCUCAGCCGCUGCGUCUUGGCCCUCAUUUUUGCAUCUCUUUCUUUCGCUUCUAGGGUUUUUUUAUAGUUCUGUAAAUUAUACUUCGCUGUAACUGAUAGAAAUGGCGCCAAAGGUUACCAAGGCCGAGAAGAAGAUUGCUUACGACUCGAAGCUAUGCCAGUUGCUCGAUGAGUACACGCAGGUUCUGGUGGCGGCCGCGGACAACGUUGGCUCGAACCAGCUCCAGAACAUACGGAGAGGGCUGAGGGGCGACUCUGUGGUGCUCAUGGGAAAGAACACGAUGAUGAAGAGGUCCAUCCGUAUCCAUUCGGAGAAGACGGGGAACAAGGCGAUUCUCAAUAUCAUUCCUCUCCUAGUCGGGAAUGUUGGGCUGAUCUUCACCAAGGGUGACCUCAAGGAAGUCAGUGAGGAAGUUGCUAAGUACAAGGUUGGAGCACCAGCUCGUGUCGGUUUGGUUGCUCCAAUUGAUGUCGUCGUGCCACCUGGCAACACCGGUCUCGACCCAUCACAAACUUCCUUUUUCCAGGUCCUCAACAUCCCAACCAAGAUUAACAAGGGUACAGUCGAAAUCAUAACCCCAGUCGAGCUCAUCAAGAAGGGCGAAAAGGUGGGCUCCUCUGAAGCUGCCCUCCUUGCCAAGCUCGGUAUCAGGCCCUUCUCAUACGGGCUUGUUGUCAUCUCUGUUUAUGACAAUGGGUCUGUGUUCAGCCCAGAAGUUCUCGACUUGACUGAAGAUGAUCUUAUUGAGAAAUUUGCUUUGGGUGUCACAAUGGUCACCUCACUUUCACUCGCCAUCUCUUACCCUACACUUGCUGCAGCUCCUCACAUGUUUAUCAAUGGUUACAAGAAUGUGUUGGCUUUUGCUGUGGCCACCGAUUAUUCUUUCCCACAGGCUGACAAAGUCAAAGAAUAUCUUGCAGAUCCGAGCAAGUUUGCUGUGGUGUCGACACCUGUUGUUUCGGCCGAUGGUGGUGCCGCCCUUGCUAGUGGUGGUGCCUCCAAGGAGGAGGAGAAGAAAGAGGAGCCUGCUGAGGAGUCGGAUGAUGAUAUGGGUUUUAGCCUUUUUGAUUAAUCAAGAUUGUUAUUCGGUUGCAGUUGAACAAAGCUUCGUUUUUAUGGACUUCAUUGCUCGGUUGUUUGUUUAUUGUUUCUAGUUUGGCGCUUGUUUUGUGUUUAGCAAGUUGUUUUUGUUGAUUUUCAUGGCUUUUCUUCUCGAUCUUGGCGGACUGUUAAAGCAAAAACAAUUUNAAUUAGAUUUUGUUU